AUGGUAUUUGAUAUAUCGGAUGUUGAGGAAGAUCAAGUCCGAGGGAGCGUCAGCCACGGUGUGCUUACCAUGGGCACCACAAGCAGAGUGGUUACAAUUGUUUGUAUCGCUACUCCAACAGGACCCAAUCUUAGUUCCGAGAACCGCGCAUACUUUCUUGAAGGAUGGCAAGAUCGCCUGUGGAAAGACACCAUGGGCCCACACGGUUAUAGUACGAGCGGGCCCAAAGUCUGGCUAACAGCUACUCACCUCGUUCUCGCACAGCCUAGGGUAUGCAGAGCCUCGCUCCAAGCAAAUAUCGACUCCGUUAGAUACAGCGAGGCUAAUUUCGAUCGCCACAAUGGAAGUAGCAAUGGGAGACAACCCGAGUGCCGAUGA